GUCAAGUUGGACAGUCCAUGUGCAGUAGAUUUGACAUUGUGAAACGAAUAACAAGAAAUAAUUCCAUCAAAAUGGAGAAAAAAUUAACCGUGUGUUUCCCAUUAGCAAUAUUUCUUAUUAUAGCACUUGCUCACGGCAAGGGAAACUUCAAGUCGUACAAUAAUGAAGAACGACAACGAUUUUUGCAACAAAAUUAUCAUAAUGAGAUUGACUCCCUAGAUUUACAUGAAAAACCGGUGAUGAACUCCAAACAAAAAGAUAUCACAGUUUCUGAAGCCAACCCUCGUUGGGACCCAACAUGGGAAUCUAUUGAUUCGAGACCAUUGCCUGCGUGGUACGAUCAAAGUAAAAUCGGUAUAUUUAUUCACUGGGGAGUGUACAGCGUUCCUGGGGUUGAAAGCGAGUGGUUUUGGAAGACUUGGACAGACAAGCGACCAGAAUGUGUGGAAUUCAUGGAAGCCAAUUACAAGCCCAACUUCACUUAUCAGGAAUUUGCACCCGAGUUUACUGCAGAAUUUUAUGACCCAUCCGCCUGGGCAGACUUAUUCGCCAGGUCAGGAGCUAAAUACGUGGUUCUAACUUCAAAACACCAUGAAGGUUACACCCUCUGGCCAUCCUUGUAUUCGUUCAGUUGGAAUGCCCAAGACGUAGGACCACAUAGGGAUGUUUUGGGGGAUCUCGCAAACGCAAUAAGAACCAACACAUCCCUAAAAUUCGGACUCUACCAUUCGUUAUAUGAGUGGUACAAUCCCCUUUGGAUGCGAGAUAGAGACAACAACCACUCGACGUCUGAUUUUGUCAACUUCAAGAUAAAGCCAGAAAUGUAUGAAAUUGUUAAUAAGUAUCAACCUGAAAUAUUUUGGUCUGAUGGCGAGUGGGAGGCACCGGACACGUAUUGGGGAUCCCUUGAAUUCAUAGCUUGGCUCUACAAUGACAGUCCCGUCAAAGAUACGGUUGUAACUAACGACAGAUGGGGACAUGAAACCCUUUGCAACCACGGAGGAUAUUACACUUGUACCGAUCGCUACAACCCAGGUACUCUUCAACCUCACAAAUGGGAAAAUUGCAUGACUUUGGACAAAGAAUCGUGGGGCUUCAGACGAAAUGCGAAGAUUGAGGAUUAUCUCACUCCAGAAGAACUAAUGACAACAAUUGUGGAAAGUGUUUCGUGCGGAGGAAAUGUUCUUGUUAACGUUGGACCAACACGGGAGGGCAUGAUCCCAACGAUCCAACAAGAAAGAUUGUUACAAAUGGGGGAGUGGUUGGGGGUUAAUGGAGAAGCAAUUUACAACUCUGUGCCCUGGUUGUACCAAAAUGACACGCUUACUCCAGGGGUGUGGUACACAGCAAGUCCUGAUGGAAGCCGGGUUUACGCAAUGAUGACCAGUUGGCCUGGUCAAAGUGUUCGAUUGGGAGCGGUCGAUAUUACAAUUGCUAGCACGGUGACGCUUCUGGGUACCCAAGGAGUUUUGGUUUGGCAAAAUACUUCUCCUGGAAUCACGGUCACAAUGCCACGGCUUGAUGACAACACGUCAAAGUGGGUGUGGACACUAGUUAUAACCACACCAUAGCAGACACAUAUCUACUUGAAAUUACAUGACGACAUUUACAUAAUACACAAACUGCAUUAAAAAUAUACUUAAAUAUGUUCAAGUUUAAUAAAUAAUUCGAAUUCUGAUCA